GCCGAAACCCGUCAGCGAAUUCGACGACAGUUCUGUCCAAGUGGGCCAUUGCUUCAUGCCGUGGGCGCUUUCUGCACCUUUCGGCGGUUGAGACGCGCGGGAAUGCCCUCCAGCGGGCGCGAGAACCUAGGCAACGGUGCAUGGGAUUCUGUUGGCUUGGAAUUUGGGGACUUGGGCACGAUGAAAUGUGGCACAGCCACAUGCGAGUGUCAUUCAACAAAUUGUCCGGUGGGGGGGUUGUGCCUUUGACGCUGGAACUUUUGCCUUCACACAUGUGCAGGUUGGAAGAUUGGAAACAAGGACCGUGUAUCACCGUGUCAAAGUAUUUUUGUGUCGUGUUUUGUCACGAUCUAUGGAUGGAAGGUUUUUGUUCAAUGGUCGGCGCGACCUCGGCACCAGGACAUUGGAGCAUCCUUCACCAAACACAGGGAACGCACAGACGUGUUGUGGCAAGAAUUGCGAACGCUAGCCAGUAAGCUAAACGGAUUUUUUUUCCGUGAAUGCCGUGAAUUUAGAGGGUCUUGGGGCUGUACUUUGCCAAGGCGGUGGUUUUUGGCGGGUUGAUUUUGGUGCAGAAUACAUUUGGUCGCAGCGGCAGCAACCUGAUUGAAGGACACAGUUGUAGUUUAUGAGUUUUAAUGUCAGCGCUGGAAGGUCACUGGCAGGGGGGGUUAAAGUGAGGACAGGAAAGAAUGGCAACAGAGCAGGUGCAACCAAUUUUUCCGACGUGGUGUGCACCUUGCAACACCAGGCAAACACCACAGGUUUGCGGCGUUUGUUUGAACAUUCAGCAGGUGUAGUUUCUUGUUGCAUGCUGGAGUACGCUAUAAUAAGUGCAUGGACACCCCCUCCGGACAGGCAGAACACUUGCUGGCAGACGCAAACGAUUUCUGGAUAAAAAGGGAGCAUUGUGUCACAAUGUUGGCAGAUCCUCAAAAAAACACUGGGCAGGCCUUUAGCAGCUUUGGCAGGCCUUUCAGGAGCCAGUUUCUCUUUUUCAGGAGCCCGUGUGUUGAACAUCAUGCACGGACUGCAUGGCUUUGGAGGAAGGAGGCACGUUUAGAGGAGUUGCACAUGCCAAGUAACUCUGGCUAAACCGAUGGGCUGAAAGUAAUCUUUCCUGCGAACGAAAGAGGUCUUUAACGAGGCUAAGCAGGGCGGGUCAAGUGGAUGUAGACUGUAAACCACGCUAGCCGGCUGGUAUUUUUACUUUUCCAAAGCGGUGACUUUUGUUGGGUUGGUGAUGCAGGCAAGGUGAAUGGCUCGGGUAGUGCCUGAUUUGCAUCGGCAACCUGUUAUGUGUAGUGAAUGUUUGGGUGACAUUCUACUCAGACUUACCGGUUGACGGUUUUUGCGUGUGAAGGUCAGCUCUCCUGGCUUUCGUUCUCCCUUCUCAAGUUGUCCUCGCACGGCGGCAGUCACUGCGCUGUUGGCAAUCGCAGGUUUUGUGAGUCUGGGGCGUGUGCCCGCCUGUAGGCAAGACAAAAGGAACACGGUUUGGGGUGUUUUUGGUUGUCGCUUUGCGUUUGUUGCUUCAACCGAUGUGGGACACAUGGGCUCAGUGCCGAAUCGGCUCAGUGCCGAGGUGGUGCCGGAUGUGGUGGGGCGACCGCGCGUGUUCUUGGACAUCGCCAUUGAUGCCACGCCGGCAGGGCGGAUCGCAACUCAGAGGAACAUUGCACCCGACCUACGGAUGACAGCGACAUGUUGGAUGCAGUUUCAGGGGCUGGCGAGGGGGAUUGGUAGGGCAGGUUCUGGAGACAACUUGAGUGGCGUGAGCAUCAAAGCACCUGUCAAAAGCCCUGCCCUGCAGUGCAAGGUUUGCGAACUGUUCAAUGAUGUGGUGCCCAAGACAGCGGAAAACUUCCGCCUCCUUUGCUUGGGUACGAGGGGCCUUGGCAAGCGAGGGAAACCCUUGCACUACAAAGGUGUGCGUUUCCAUCGGAUCGUUCCCAACUUCGUGAUCCAAGCGGGCGACUUCACACAUGGCGAUGGCACUGGUGGAGAGUCAGUGUAUGGGCCAACCUUCCCAGAUGAAAAUCUGAAUUUGAAGCAUACCGCACCUGGGUUGCUCAGCAUGGCCAACAGUGGCAAGGACACCAACUCUUCACAGUUCUUCAUUUGCAUGAAGGCGUGCCCGCACCUGGACGGGAAGCAUUGCGUCUUCGGGCGUGUGAUCGAUGGCAUGGAUGUCGCUAGGCGCGUGGAGAGCUGCGGCCAAGAGGGCGCCACGGGCGUGUGCGUCGUUGACGACUGUGGCGAGAUCAAGGGCUCCGGCGCCGCCAUCAGCGAGGACCAGGCAGGCCCUGGCCUCGGCGACCGCUCGGGGAAGCGCAAGCGGGCGGCGGACCUCACCGAGGUCCAACUACUGCAGAUCAUCAAAAAGCACGCGGGCAGCAAAGACCCCAAGGAUGCAAAUGGUAAAGAAGUCAAGGUCACCGCCGGGCGCGCGAAGCUGGCCCUGGCGAACAUCCGGAAGAAGCUGGCAAUGACUCCAGAUGUGCCCUCCCAACAACGUGCUUUUGCAGCCUUUGCUAGGGAGGUCUCCGAUGAGGUGGGCGCCAGCACCACGGGGGGCGAUCUGGGCAAGGUGACCUUGGGUGCUUUGGCUCCCGAGCUGGAGGAGGUGGGCUUCUCAUUGUCCAUGGGCGAGAUUUCUGAGCCCUUUGAGAGCCCGGAGGGCUUUCACCUGCUCAUGCGCAUUGCCUAGGGCCGGGCGUCAGCUACAACGAUACACUUGGCUCGAGUUGGCAUGGAGUUCAUUGGAGUUCUUUUGAACAAGCGAGGUCCGUGAGCUUUUUGAGCCUUAAACUGCAUACGACCACGUUUGGAGA